AUGAACAACAACAAGCGUCACAAACCUAAUGAUACUCCUGAUACUCCUGAUGGAGUAAAUGGUGGUGUAAUCAACCGCCAGUUAACGUUCCAAACGAGAAAAAAAAUCGACGACGCCGCCUCCCGAAACGAUCGACGUUUAGCGUUUACCACCUACGACGAAAGCAAAAACAACCCCGCGAUUGCUCUCCCGAUGCACACGCUGAACGUAUUGUUGCAUCUCUGCUCUGCUAACGAUGAAAAUGAUUCUUUUUCGACGAAAGAAGAGGAUAAGGAAAGAGCGGAAGAGAUUUUCUUUCGUUUGAUGAAAGACUCCGAGGAAGAGGAGGACAAACAUCAACAAGGGAGAAGGAAAACGGAGAUGAGCUACACGGCGAUGGCGAGAGUGUACGCUCGAAACGGCGAAUUCGAGAAAAGUUUCGAGAUGGUCGAUUUGUGCAAAAACGGAGGAGCUUUAGGAAAAGGAAAAGAUGGAGGAGGGAAGAAGACGCAACAAAAGCUGACGCCAAAGUUGAGGACGUACGCGCCUUCCUUGCGCGGGUUCUGCGAGAGCGGGAACUGGAAGCGAGCCGAAGACGUGUUCGAGGCGAUCGAGCGAGAAGGUUUGGAGUGCACGGAGAUGGAAUUUACGGCGAUGAUGAGCGUGUACGGGAGAGAGAAGAAGACGUGCGAGGAGAAUGGGUUUAGGAUGUUGAGGAAAAUGAAGUCGAAAGUACGAACGUGCGGGAAGGAGUUGAUUGAAAGCGUGGAGAGAUUUUUCAAAGCCGAGCCGAACGCGUGGCGGUGCGAGACGGUGGAAAACGUGGAGAGUAGCUCCGGACGGUUUGAAGUCUCCUCCGAAAACACUAUUAUUGGUAGUAGCAGUGAUAAUAAUAACAAUAAUAAUAAUAAUAAUAAUAGUAAUAAUAGCGAGAAGAAGCAAACGUUCAACUUGAAACGAGUGGGGUUGAACGAAGUCGAAUCGAAAGAGCUGAUUGCCUCGGUCGGGAAACUCGCUCGAGAACGCGAAGCCGGCGCAAACUUUGACGAUUUUUGCAAUUGGUUGGAGGCGCGAGAGGCGAAGGUACAAUGCAUCGUCGACGGAGCGAACGUCGGGAUGGCGAACCAGAAUUUUGCCGGCUCGAGGUUUCAUUUCGGCCAAUUAGAUAACGUCGUCGAAGAGUGUCGACGGAGAUACUGUGUUUGUUCGACGAGCGACGCGAGCGACGCGUCGAAGCAACGCCCAGUCGUCUUCCUCCACCAACGCCGCACGAAAGACCACGCGGCAAAGCACCAGUUUGGCGAAAAAAUACUAAACAAACUGAGACAAAACAAAGAGAUAUUCGUCACGCCGCACGGCUCGAACGACGAUUGGUAUUGGCUCUACGCCGCGUUAGUCGCCGGGGAGGACGCAGUUUUAAUCUCAAACGACGAGAUGCGCGACCACGUGUUUCAAAUGCUCCCGGAUCCUAACUUGUUGAGACGAUGGAAAGAGAGACAUCAGGUGCGAUUUAGCGUGACAAAAGGUGAGGUAGAGCUUUACGAACCGGCUGUGUUUACCACGUGCAUACAAGAAAACGAGGAGGAAGAGUAUUGGAUGAUCCCCUUCGUCGAAGACGACGACGAGGAGAAAGAAAACGACGACGACGACGACGACGACGACGAGAAAUGGCUCUUUUGCUGCAAGAAGCAAUAA